CGCACGCGCGUGCGCGCACCCGGAGCGCAUGAUGCUGGCAGCGCGGUACUUGACUGUCGGAGCUCCAGAUUGCGCAUCAUUCCACUCAUCUCGGGACAUGAGAAAGCACAGAGCCAUGCACCUCAGCUCAGAGUAAGGAACUAGCCGGAUAUCUCUCCAGUCCAGUCUGAGAUCUACAGGAGGCGGUGAAUGUGCGCCUUCUUCCUGAGGACUAUUUUUUCCCCCUUCUUUGGUAUAUAGUCAUUUCUCAGUCUUCUUGCACUGCGGACUAGUGGAAUGAGCUGCUUUUGUCCCGGUGUUGUUUCCUGUGCAGUAUGGGAACUGCCGUGUCCAAAAGAAAGAAUUUAAGGAACGAUGCCAUUUCUUCCGUCGCCGCAAAAGUUAGAGCAGCUCGAGCAUUUGGAGAAUACUUGUCUCAAAGCAACCCUGAGAACCGCAACGGAUCAGAUCACCUGCUGUCUGACACCUUUGUUGGCCAAGACUCUGAAUCCCCAAGCAUUAGCUGCCUGCACAACAAUAACCAUCUGCAGCCGUACUCCAGAACAUCUCCCAUAGCCAAGCACACGCAAGAUCAGCCAGAUCCGGGCCUUGUGCCAGUUCCUGUGUCCACCAGUGCCAAGCGUCGUCUCUCGGUGGAACGCAGCCUCUCAUCUGAGGAUCAGCCACAAUCCCAGCAGCCCCAACAGAGUUCAGUGAAGCCAGCACGUGUCUAUACCAUCAGCAGGGAAGGCGGCAUGCUGGGAGCCAGGGGCAGCGAGGAGAGCCUGGAGCUAGAGGUCCUAAAGGGGCCCCAGGCUCGCACCAACCACCAGAGGACAAGCCAUCGCAGUGGUCAUGCCCACCACCAUCACGCUCCAUCUUCUCAGCCACUACAGAGCUCAGGAAGCGCACAUAACAUCCGGGAUUGGGGUUCGAGACGGAGUGGUUCGAAGGAGGACUGCCCACGGCCGUCAUGUCACAGCCAGCGCUCACUCGACCUCGAUACGGUGCCAAGAGACGUCCCCAAGCAGCGCAAGAAACUUGAGAGGAUGUACAGUGAGGAUCGGGUGUCCACUGAGGACCGAGAAGAGCACGCCAACAACUGGUUACCCAAAGAGAACAUGUUUAGUUUCCAGACUGCCACCACCACCAUGCAAGCAAACUUCCGGAAGCACCUGCGGAUGGUGGGCAGCAGGAGGAUGAAGGCCCAGUCAUUCGCCGAUCGCAAAGCGAAGAGCUUCAGCCGCUCCUGGAGUGACCCUACACCCAUCAAGCCAGACUCGCUCCACGACUCCAGAGACAGUGGAGAUCUGCAGGCGUCCUCGGGCACUCUGGAUGAAGGAGAGUAUGAUGAUGUGGAUUGGGAGGAGGAGAAGGAGCUGGAGCGGCUGGCCUGUGAAGGCGAUGACUUCAUUCCUCCCAAAAUCAUGCUGAUUUCAUCCAAGGUUCCCAAAGCGGAGUAUGUGCCCAACAUCAUACGCAGGAACGACCCAUCCAUCAUUCCCAUCCUCUAUGACCACGAGCAUGCGACUUUUGAUGAUAUACUGGAGGAGAUUGAAAAGAAACUCACCGCCUACAGAAAAGGCUGCAAAAUCUGGAACAUGCUUAUUUUCUGUCAGGGAGGACCUGGGCACCUCUACCUCCUGAAGAACAAAGUGGCCACAUUUGCCAAAGUGGAGAAGGAGGAGGACAUGAUUCAGUUCUGGAAGAAACUGGCUCGGCUUAUGAGUUUGCUGAAUCCUGAGCCCAAUCACAUUCAUAUUAUGGGCUGUUAUGUGUUGGGCAAUGCUAAUGGAGAAAAGCUUGUGCAGAACCUCAAGAGGCUGAUGAGACCAUAUGCUGUGGAGUUUAAGAGUCCUCUGGAACUCUCUGCACAAGGGAAGGAGAUGAUCGAGAUGUACUUUGACUUCCGUCUGUUCCGACUGUGGAAGAGCCGGCAGCACUCCAAACUCCUCGACUACGACGACCUUUUGUGACAUCUCGUCCUUUCUCUUUAGAGCGCCCGAGAGAGGCGUGUAGCUCCAUUUAGAGCCCUACCGUGGCUGUGUUCCCCUCUAGAGCCUCAGUGUGAAUGCUCUGAGCUGGAGGAAGGUGAUGAGGAAGCAUGAAGACGGCUGUUUGAAUAGUUCGCUCUGACAUGCAGAUGAAGGCAGGAGAUUCAGCCAUUGCUAUAAGGUGCCAUUUGUAUGCCCAGACCUUUUGAACUCUCACCUAAGAAUGAGAGAUGUAACGGAUAAUGGUGAUGGAUGGUAGGUUCGUAUAGAACUUAAUAAUGUGUUUUAACAGAAAUUGAAUUUUUAAGGGACGUCCCUGGAGAGGAAGCUAACAUAGCCACAUUUGUUAUUGAGUAGCUGUGUAGCUGUGUUGUAAUGAACCAACAGGGACCAUUUUCGGUCUUUCCGAUUGAGUCUUCUUUAGAAACUAAGUACUUACUGUAUAUGUUCUUUAUCAGGUAGAGACAGUAAAAUAAACACAUAUUUUACUAAUCUCACAGGACUCCGUAUAGUACUGUAGUCGAGAAAUUCGUCAUUGUAUUCCGUGCUUAUUCAGAGCAUUGAUAUUUUUUGACAUAUGGCCUGUUUUUUUUUCUGGAGGAGAACUCAGGUUUUAUAAAGUAACCUCCCUGACCUUCUUCUGCACUCCAAAAGAGAACAGGCUGGUAGACAGCAAUGAUUCAGAAUUAGUAACAGGAGUACUGGGAGUUGCGGAAACAAGAGGUCAGACAAAAUAUAAUGUAGAAUUUCUUUUGAGCGUGUGUGCUAGAUUUCCAUAGAGUUAGAAUUUAGAAUUUCAUAGUGGAGAUUUUCAGGCAUCUAAUAUGAACGCUUGAAUAAACUUGGGUGUUGUUAUAAAUUUGCCGAGCAGAUGCCAGAUUUAAAACCGUCGUCUCUGUUGGAUGUAGGUUUAUGCCAAAAAUGAGUUAUAUGUUACGUCAUGAUAUUCGACAAUAUUAUUAAAAGUGACAGUGCAGCAUUUGGUCCAAUAUGGUCUCACACUUGCAAAUUCAAAACAAAUCAGAUGACUUAAGUUAUAUGUAAAUUUGCAAUGAUGAAAGGUUAGAAUUAGUAUUUUUCAUCUUUUCUUACAAAUUUAUUUGCAUGAGGUCAAGCAAAGUCCAAUCUUAUUCCCCUUGAAUUUAUAAUGGGAUCAUGUUCGCACACUGAAAAAAAUUAAACCUUUGUGUUAACUUGUUACAGUAUUAUUUUUCCAAAUGACAAAUAAGCCUAAAAAUUAAGUAUCUUUUUUUUUUGUUUGUUUUGUUUGAUUCACAAUAACCAUUGUAUGGAUCCUUCUCUGAGAUGAUAAUUUGGUUCGCUGGAAGAGUGUUUAAUGAGCGUGUAUAAAACACACCUUGAGAAAUCUCUUGCUCUAAUUCAGGAAGUUUUUGAAAAUGAAAAGUUUAACUGUUUAAAUAUCACAAAACAAUAUUGUGAUAAUAUUGUAUAACAUGAUAAAAAGUUAGGUCAUUUAAAUGAUUAGAACAUUUCCUAUAGGCACAUGCCUAGACAGAUGUUAAUAUUAGUUAAAACUGUUUCAUGUUUUGUGAUUAUUGAGGUAUAUUGAUAAGCUGAAAUUCAGAGUGUAGAGCAGGAUUGCUCUGAUAUUGUUGUAAAACCUCUCAUACAUGUACGUGUGUACAUUCCUACUUGUUCAGAUGUGUAUUGAUCCUUUGUUAAUGUAGACCUCCAUCUCUGUAAUGUUAGAAGGAAGGACCUUAACUGAUACUUGUUCAUAACAUAAGGUUAAAGGGUGCAAUUCUUCGCAAUACUUCUUUUAUGAUCAUAAGCAUUACCAACCAAAUGCUACUGUGAUAGUUUUUAGAUCACGAUUUAAAGUCUUUCAGUUUUUUUCUUUAAUUAUGGCAGUAAAAUAGGAGGUUUGUUUUAUAUGGACACAUCACCAUUUGCUUCUGUAUGCACAUAAGCCUAAACAUAAGUAAUAACAUAAAUAAAAUAUGGUAGGCUGUGCAGUUAUAGGAAAAUAAUCAACGACUUGGUGCAGCCUGUCACGAAGCAGAGCUAUUGUCAACACCCCGAAGUUGAUUGUUUUCCAAUAAUAGCAUGUUUCAAAGGGUUUUAUUCUUCUUAUACCACAGCAAUUCUCCAGUGUUGUACGCUUUAUCUGUUUAUAGUUAGUUAUAGUUAUAGUUACAAUUAAUGUUGUGGAACAUCCAAAAACAAGUUAUUUCCUGUUAUCCUGUUUUUCUUUCUCUUUAAGUUAAUAAGAUCCUUCCUGAAGACUUCCCUGUGUUAAAAAGCUUAGUUCUAGCUUUAUCUCUGACUGUUACAAAGCACUGACACUGGAGACUCCUUCCCUAAAUGUUAAACAGAAAACAAUUAGACAUGUUUUAAAUACAUUUGUAUGGAGCGUCCUUGAUACUAUAGGAACAACAACAUAUUAGAACAAGCGCAUUAAUAUAAAGAAUUCAACAAUGCUGUGGUAUAAGCUGUAAUAAUAACCACCUGUGUAUUUUCUGUGCUCUGUUAAAUUUGAUCAAUCCUGUAAUAAGAGGACUACAUUUAAUCUGCUAGCUCACUGACUCAUGUAUAGCACUUUUUAUUUUUCCAGCACUGUGCUAUUAGUUUUUCUUCUGCUACCUGGUUGCAUUCCUGAUAUAUCCAUGUACGUAUGAGCCAAGGAUAUGUAGGUCAACAAGAACAAUACCACUGACCUUAAUCAGCUUGUUGGAGGCCUGGGCUCAGAGCCAGCCACAUGCGAGAACCAUAAGGACUCAGCAAGAGACGUAGAACCAUCUGGGUGUUGGGCACUAAUCUCUCGGACAGGACACCGUGUGACUGUGACUAACACACAUGCCUCACCUAAACCUGGAGUGUGAUAUUACACUGAGUUUGUGAGACUUAGCAGAUCGUUAAAUGAUGGAAGUUAUUUCUGCGUCAUGAAUUACAUCACCUCCAUCAGACUGGACUCUGAGCUCAAAGGAAGUUUUAAACUUGCAUGUCUCUCACUAGAUGUCUUCGAAUUCACGGCUAUAUUUUGUAGCAAUAGACAUUGUGACAUUAACUGUAGACCAAUCUGUAUGUGUAAUAUGUUUUCAUGUGUAUCUCAGACUAUUGUUUAAUCAAUCACUGACACUGGUUUCGCAAUAGAGAGUGUGAGAAACACAGAAAUGUUUAGGAUCAGACUCAGGACAAAAAUGCUUAACAGAUAACAGAUAGUAACUGUAAUUGUAGAUGUAUUGUAUUAAUUAAUGUAAUGUUACACUAAGGACACUAUUUAUUGUUCAGCAAAGUCCUUUAGUGCUUGUGAGAUUUAACUUUAGAAGGUAUUAUAAACUGACUUUAUUAAUAUGUUAUUGAUAUAUAGUGGUAACAGGGUAGUGUUCAUAAGCCUAGUGUGCAUAAGCCUUUCAUGACAAAUGAUAUUAACCUACAUAAAUGUUUGUAAAGUCUUAUCUCCUCAGUUGAAAAAAAAAAACCCCAACAAAAAAAAGGCUUUUUUCAAUAUUGAUGUCAAGUCGUAACAGCUACGUCAAGUGACUUAGAUUUGUUAUUGACAUAUGAUUAUGGUAUGACAUUUUUAGGACUGACUUAUCCUAAAUUUUAAAGACAAUUUGUAGUUCUUUGCACUUCUGGUACGUCAGAGUCACAUAAUGGUGAUGGCAUGGCAUGACAUGUCAAACAUCACUCUCUAAUUUAAAGAGCAAAUAUACAUUACUUACCUGCCAUCAUGGUGUCAUGGUUUUGCCAUUGAGUAUUCAUAUAGAUCAUAUAAAUAGUAAAAUUAAACUCACUUUACUUAAGGGACAAUGAAAAUACACACAUAUGCACAUAUCUGUCAUUGUGUUAUCAUGGAAUUGUCACAGUAUACAUCCCCUUUAUUGAAAAGCUUAACUUAAGCGUUGCUUUCCCGAUGUAGUUAACAGUGUUACCCAGCAGGUUUUCAUGUCAGUGUUAUUAAAACCAAGUGCCUACUACAGGAAACACCCAAGUGUUCAAUUUUCCAGCUAACCUCCUUUAGCAAACAAUGUCACAUCGCUAUCAUGUGACUGUGACAUGACAUCCUAACUUAAAGGAAAGUUCCACCUUGAACCACAUUAAAUAUGUUAGAUAUUAAAUAUCUUAAAGAUGUUGGUGCUAAUUUGUUGGUUGGUGCUGUAUUUUCAUUACUGUCAUGAGAAGUUAGCAGUUGUCUACCACUCUGACAUCAUAGGGGGACAUUGUUAUUGCUAGCGCAGUUACAUUCACAUUCAUGAGAAAUCCAAUGUAGAAAUAGUGGAGACAGCAAAUGUUGGACUCAAAGUUCCAGAAUGCAACGCAGCUAUGGGCCACAGUUGUGUUGAAUUACGGCAGAAACUCAGCUUGGCUAGUUAGCGAUCUAAGAUGACAAGCACAAUGGUAUUAGCAUGUAUAGUAGCAUGAAAGCUGAAGCUUUGGAAGCCGAACUGUUUGAGCAGAGUGUACAGAUGAGGAGGUGAGAAAGCUUGACAGAUUAAGGGACUAAAGCACCGCUGCAUCACUCUCUUUAGGUAGAGAUAAAGCAAGAGCUAAAUCCCGCUGGCACCACUAAAAAGCAGGUAGUCAAAUGGCAUUGUGGGUAAACUGUAUGUCCACUGAAGUGAAAAUAGACCAAAAUGUUGAUGAAAGAAAUUUGAUGCAAAAAAAAAGUCAACUCCAUUGAACCACUCAAUAGUAUUUAUUGAUUAUUGAUUUUUCCUUCAAGUCAGCCCCAAAAGUGUCAUAACACAAGCUUAUGUGUCACAACAAAAUCGAAGAAAACACUUUUUAUGACUGUUGAAAUAAUCCCAUAGAAAUGUUUAUAUAGGUUUACUGUAUGCUGGGGCUUAUUGAGGUGUCAUGUAUCUCUAUGAACACUAUCCACUUUACAAAGUAAAGCAUUACUUAUAUAGUUAAGGUUUGAUGUCCAGGAUGAGUGCAUACUGAUUUUAAGGGGUCUGGCUUUAUUUUUGACGAAAUGGGGUGAAAUGUGCACAGCAAAAAUUUCACACUAAUGUUCAAGGUCGGGAAAGAAGUCACACUGAGGUCCUUUUGACCAUCUGAUUGCUUCUCGGAAAAGUGGGCUGUAAUGAUUCAUAUGAAAUCAUUUCUCACAGGCGCCUUGAAUAAUCAAACCGCAAAUGAAACCUUUUGCAGGAGGCGUGAAGAUUAAGGUCUUUUUGGUUGGCCCAUUGCCAUAUCGUUCUUUUCUAAAUGACUCCAGGGAUGAUGAUUGGAUUAAAUCACGACUGAUUGGCAGCAUCAUGAAUGCGCUGCAUGUUGUCAGCUCACAGAAGUGAAAAGUGAGGAGUAAAGGGCACUUUGAAUGGUCCAGUGUUGAACUAAGCGACUCCUCUGGUAAUUUUGAUACUUUAGAGAACAAUGAGCUAACUCAUGGUUUAUAUCUUUAUUAGUCCAGUAUAUUUAUUUAUUUCAGAAAUUGUAUUAAACUCUACAGAUUUACUGUAACGCUGUACUUACACAGUUGAAGUGUAUGGUUUUACCUUGUCCUGUAGCAGUACAGCACUGAGCAUUAAAGAUGUUUCUAAAAUGGAUUUUUCAGUAAAAAUCUAGGUUGAAGUCUA